UCAUGUGACCCGUGCGCUCCGAAACCCACGUGGGCCAGCGGCCAGGAGGUCCUUCCGGGUGUCAGGAUGCUGCAAAGGCUGGUGCCUCCCGUACGGCUGGGUUGCCAUCUUCUCUCUGUGGCUCGGAACCUCCAUCAAUCUCCCAGGCGCCACUUUCCCCUGAUUCCCAUUGUGGUGGAGCAGACGGGCCGGGGGGAGCGCGCCUACGAUAUCUACUCUCGCCUGCUGAGGGAGCGCAUUGUCUGUGUGAUGGGCCCAAUUGAUGACAGCGUGGCCAGCCUGGUCAUAGCGCAGCUGCUGUUCCUGCAGUCGGAAAGCAAUAAGAAGCCAAUCCACAUGUACAUUAACAGCCCUGGCGGAACGGUGACGUCCGGGCUGGCUAUCUACGACACGAUGCAGUACAUCCUCAACCCCAUCUGCACGUGGUGCGUGGGCCAGGCGGCCAGCAUGGGCUCUCUGCUGCUGGCGGCAGGGUCGCCGGGGAUGCGCCACUCCCUGCCCAACUCGCGCAUCAUGAUCCACCAGCCCUCUGGGGGAGCGCGGGGCCAGGCGACAGAUAUUGCGAUCCAGGCGGAGGAAAUCUUGAAGCUGAAGAAACAAAUCAAUGGCCUGUACGCAAAGCACACGAAGCAGGCCCUGGAGGUGAUUG